UCGCCACUUCUGAUUCAGCCUUAUCGUCAGCUUCGCUUGUGCCGUACGCUCAAGGACCGCAAGGGUCGAUAGUAAGUCAGCAGCCAUCAGCAGUUUGUAAUUUUUCGAGAGUCAGAUUUCCGAAUUGAUUUAACGGCGUUUAGGAGUUAUUCACAUUUCUCAGUGCGUUUGUAAUAUCGUUCGGAUACUCUUUUUCGAAACAGACAUCUUCUGCUGUCUUACCCCGGUUAUCACGAAAAAAAGACUGCAAGUCUUUUGUCUCCGAUAGCCAUCCCCGUGUGUCGCAAGCAUCUCAACAGCCGUCCUGGAGUUUGGAGCCUUUGGCCUUUACCAACAUUCUUAUCUUUUUUCGACCAGCAAGUCCAAUCAACCGCCUAUCAAGAUGAUGGCCGUAGCAGCUGCCCAGAAGAACCGCGAAAUGUUCGCCAUCAAGAAGUCAUACAGCAUCGAAAAUGGAUAUCCAGCACGCCGACGCUCCUUGGUCGAUGACGCGCGUUUUGAAACGCUUGUAGUGAAGCAGACCAAACAAAGUGUUUUGGAAGAAGCCAGGCAAAGGUCCAAUGAUUCUCAAGUUGAGAGCAUUACCACACCUGCCGUUCAGUUCACUUCCGCUCAACAACCACAGAAACAAGAAGAGAAACCAAAAAUCGAAGAAAUAAAGACUGCCGAACCUGUUAUUACAGAGGAGCCACGAUCUCAAACCGUCGUCCCCGAAGUUGUUCCUCAACCUGAACCCGAGAAGGUUGCUGAAGAGCCAAAGGAAACCACCACACCUAACAACGAUGCCGGUCUCACAGAAGAAGAAGUUAUCCUGGCCAAUGCAGCCAGCGAAAGCAAGGAGGCCGAGCAGGCCGUGCAAAGGGCCAACCUGGUCCUGCGCAUGCGCGAAGGCAUGGGCUCCCUGGCAAGAAUCCUCAAGACCAUCGAGAACUUCAAGGGCACCGUCGUCCAUCUGGAGACGAGGCCGUCCAAGGCCGAGGGCAUGAACUUCGACAUCCUCGUCCGCCUGGACAUGUCUCGCCAGAACCUGCUGCUCCUCAUCAGGAGCCUGCGCCAGAGCGCCUCCCUCGGAGAGGUCACCCUCCUUGCUGAUAACUCCGUCUCUGUCAAGGAUCCGUGGUUCCCAAGACACGCCCGCGAACUAGACAACUGCAACCACUUGAUGACCAAGUACGAGCCUGACCUGGACAUGAACCACCCUGGUUUCUCUGACCAGGCCUACCGUCAGCGCAGGAAGUACAUAGCCGAGAUCGCGUUCGCCUACAAGUACGGCGACCCCAUCCCACGCAUCGACUACACCGAGACUGAGACCGCCACCUGGACAUCGGUCUUCAACACCGUCUACGAACUCAUGCCAAAGCACUUCUGCAGCGAAUACCAAAAAGUCUUCAAGAUGCUUCAGGACGACGGCAUCUUCAGACCUGAUGCUAUUCCCCAGCUAGAGGACAUGUCCGCUUUCCUCAGGAAACACACCGGAUUCACACUGAGACCAGCUGCUGGACUUCUCACUGCCAGAGACUUCCUCGCAUCAUUGGCCUUCAGAGUGUUCCAGAGCACACAGUAUGUCCGUCACUUCAAGACUCCCUUCCACACCGUUGAACCUGAUUGCAUCCACGAGCUGCUCGGACACAUGCCUCUGCUGGCUGACACCAACUUCGCUCAGUUCUCGCAGGAGAUCGGUCUGGCGUCGCUGGGUGCCUCCGACGAGGAGAUCGAGAAGCUGUCCACCGUCUACUGGUUCACCGUUGAGUUCGGUCUGUGCAAGGAGCAAGGUCAGGUGAAGGCCUACGGCGCCGGCCUCUUGUCCAGCUACGGCGAGCUGCUGCACGCCAUCUCCGACAAACCAGAGCACCGUCCCUUUGAGCCCUCGCUCACCGCCAUCCAGCCCUACCAGGACCAGGAGUACCAGCCCAUCUACUACGUCGCCGAGAGCUUCGAGGAUGCCAAGGAGAAGUUCAGACGCUGGGUCGCCACCAUGAGCCGACCUUUCGAGGUCAGGUACAACCCUCACACACAACAGGUCGAGAUGCUUGACUCUGUUGAGAGGCUCGAGAACCUCAUGUCACAGCUCAACCUCGAGAUGCUCCACCUCAACACGGCCCUCACCAAGCUGAGGACGGCCUCCGGCUGAACUCUCCUCCAGGAUCAUCGUCUCCAUCAUCAUCACCUGUAAAAACUCAUCUUCAUCAUCAUCAUCGUUGUACCGUCGCUCGUUCCUGCCUUGCCCUUCUCCGUCACCCCCUCUAUCGUACAAGUCAUGUAGUGUAGGACCUACUGGAAGCUGUGCAAGUUCGAUAGCACGCCCUCAGACUCCGCCCUUCCCUCUGAUGACGUGUCAUCGAUUCAAAAUCAACACGGUCAAAGAGAACUGAUCCAAAACCUUUUGUUUUGAUUCAACAUUAUAAAACUUCCAAUUUAUCGAUCUUAUUGUCUAGUCCCUCACUGGUCAAAGUCGUGAGUUUUAAUUUUUAUAAUAUUAACUUGUGAUCUAAUCAAAAGAUCUUGGAUUUUUUCGUCUUCCAUUUUAUCCAACUUGUUACCAGAAUUAUGGAAGACGAAACGGUUCCCUUCUAUCGUUAAACCAAAAAUUUCAUGUGUUUGUAGAUCCUCGAUUGCGUUUUGUUGAUGUUCGCUAUGUACAUAAUUUAUGUAACCAAUUUAUAUGUAACCUGUUGUAAGUUCAAGUAUAAACUUCCGUAUACUUGUGUAUAGUCUGCCGGUUACAGUAAAUUAGUCUCCCCAAGAUGAAUCUCAUCUUGGAAGGGACUUCAAAGAAUUUGUCCUGUUAUAUUUGUGAUGUGAUUCCAUGCAUCAGAAGGAACAUAGUUCCUUAGAAAUUUCUGAUUCGACUUUAAUUCUAGAGAGUAUAUAAUAGUAUUAAGGGCUUGUUACGCACGUUAGGCCAUUAUUUUUAUAUACUUUUCUAUUAUUUUUACGUUUUAUAUUAUUUCUUCGAUUUUUAAUGUAUGUUUCUCAAUUUAUAGUGCACAUUUGUAGAAUUAUUAGUUUCUAAAUUUUUAUUUUUAUCACAAGUUCCUCAACAAUACGAUAAGGGAUGCAAGGGUAUUAUAUUUUCUCAUUGAAAAAAUCACCGCUUGGUUACAUCGAGAUUAUUUAUGACUAUUGUUAAGUUCAUCAUCUCCAUGACUAAACCUUGAUAUUUCGACUAAUAAUAUUGAUGUUCUAGAAAAUUGUAGCCUGUAUAGUUUUAUUUAUUCUGUCAAUCCGAUUAGAGUUAGUAGGAAAAGUUAAAUUAUUAUUUAAACCUUUAAAGAAAAUAAAUGUUAAGAUAAGAAAUUAUCAACAAAAUCUAUUAAAUUAUUUUAUCGUGAAAAUGAUUGAAAAUACCCAAAAUACACUUGUGAAGUGUUCAUUGAUUGUAUUAAAGUUGUGAGAACAAUAAAAUAUGAUUAAACCCUCUCUAAA